UGCGUUCAAUGGAUUUGCUGUGUGACUCUGAGCCGUGAGCAGCGGACCUGAACGAUGACAAAGACACCGAGCCUGGAGUCUGAUGGGACCUGAGAGGAGUCGGGACGGAGCAGUGUCGCCUGCAAGAGCAGCCACACAGAAAGCAGCCGCGUGCCUCUGCUGUCUUCGCCGUUGGAGCCGGGCGGACGCUGCUGAGCGCUGUGCACCCAGAAGUGAGAAGAUUCAUCAGGAACCUGGGAAGUGUGAGCGUGUGGAGGAGAAAGAAGAGGAGGAGGAGGAGGAGUGGGAGCAGCGAGGAGAGGAGAGGAGAGGCAGCCGGUCUCCCUCCAUCACUUGACGGGCUCUUCUGCAGCAUCCCUUCAACUUCAUCAUGGAUCUCUGGAGUAAAAAAGUGCGAGGAAUUAUCCCCCGGCUCGCCCUGGUUCUUCUGUGCUCCUGCGGGGCGACAGGAGGAGAUGUGUGUCACAGUUCGCUGGUGUCCAAUCUGCUCCCAUCGUCCUUCAGGAGCUCCUCACUUCUGUCUGCCAGCCACGGACCAGGCUUCGCGAAGCUGAACCGGAGAGAGGGCGCUGGAGGUUGGUCUCCUCUGAGUUCCGACCGGUAUCAGUGGUUGGAGGUCGACCUCGGGCGACGCACAGAAAUCACCGCCGUUGCCACGCAAGGUCGCUAUGGAAGCUCCGAUUGGCUGACAGCCUACCUGCUGAUGUUCAGUGACACGGGACACAACUGGAAGCAGUAUCGACAGGAGGACAAUAUAUGGGCCUUUCCAGGAAACAGUAACGCAGACAGUGUGGUUCAGCACAAGCUCCAGCAUCCGGUCAUCGCUCGCUACGUCCGCCUCGUCCCUCUGGACUGGAACCCUAACGGACGGAUCGGACUCCGGCUGGAGACGUACGGAUGUCCCUACAACUCUGACGUGGUGAGCUUCGACGGCCACAGCAGCCUCCUCUUCAAGCUGAGUCCCAGGCCGAGGCCGACGACCAGGGAGAGCAUCUCUCUGAAGUUCAAAACCCUGAGGAAUUCUGGGACGCUGCUUCGUGCGGCGGGUCGGAGCGAGCGCAGCCUCACGCUGGAGCUGGAGGAGGGAAAGCUGCUGCUCGUCCUGCGGAAAGGCAGGAGCUCGUCUGCAGCCGGUCGGCAGCUGGUGUCUCUGGGCAGCCUGUUAGACGAUCAGCACUGGCACCAGGUCACCGUGGAGCAUCACAGCAAUCACCUCAACUUCACCGUGGACAAGAGCACAGAGCGGCUGCAGAUCCCUCCAGGACUCGCCCACUGGGACCAUGAUCAGAUGAGCGUGGGCGCCGACCACGACCUCGGCUCUCGCGGGUCGUUCGGGUCGGACCGAAAUUUCUGCGGCUGUUUGGAAAACCUCAUCUACAACGGCGUGAACCUGGUGGAGCUCGCUCAACAGAGGGACCAGCGGGUCGCUGUGAAGGGCAACGUGACCUUUUCCUGUGCUGAACCCAUUUUCGUCGCCGUGACGUUCACCGGCCCCCGGAGCUUCCUCUGGUUAACGAGGGCGGCCGCAGCGUCAUCGACGGGGCUGACGGUGGGGCUUCAGUUUCGGACGUGGAACAAGGCCGGGCUGCUGCUGACCUUUGAACUCCCAAACCACGGGGGUGCAGUCUGGCUGUACCUGAGCAAAGCCGCGCUCCACCUCCAGACCCACAAGCCCGGCAGGGCGCCGCUGGAGCUCGACGCAGGUUCAGCUCUGAACGACGGUCAGUGGCACUCCGUGGUCCUGACCUCCAGACGAGGACAUCUGACCCUCGCAGUGGACGGAGACGAAGGAGCCGCUGCUCAGGCCAGUCCCUCGUUUGUCGUUACCACAGCUCAACUCUUCUUCGGGGGUUGUCCCUCUGAAGGCAGCAGCCAGGAGUGCAUGAACCCCUUCAAGGUUUUCCAGGGAUGCAUGCGUCGGCUGACCGUGGACAACCAACAUCUGGAUCUGAUCAAGGUGCAGCAGAGGCUGCUGGGAAACUACAGUCACCUGCAGGUCGACAUGUGUGGCAUCAUUGACAGGUGUUCCCCGAAUCACUGUGAACACGGUGGCUCCUGCAGUCAGUCGUGGAGCACCUUCCACUGCAACUGCUCCGGCACCAGCUACAGUGGAGCAACCUGUCACAGCUCGAUACACGAGCCGUCCUGUGAGGCGUACAAACACAAAGGCAACACGUCGGGGUCUUAUUACAUCGAUGUGGACGGCAGCGGCCCCAUCGGACCUCAGCUCAUAUACUGCAAUGUGACAGAGGACGUGACGUGGACGGUGAUUCAGCACAACAACACCGAGCUGACCAGAGUUCGACCGUCGCCGGGAAAGACUCGGCACUCGGCUCACUUUGAGUACGCCGCCAAAGACGAGCAGCUGGCCGCCGUCGUGGGCCAAUCGGAGCACUGCGAGCAGGAGCUGACCUACCACUGCAGGAGGUCACGUCUUCUCCACGCACCAGACGGCUCCCCUCUCAGCUGGUGGGUGGGGGGUCCAGGUGAAGGUCACAGACAAACCCACUGGGCCGGAGCCCCCCCGGGCAGCCAGCGCUGCUCCUGCAGCCUGCGUCAGACCUGUGUCGACCCCAAACACCACUGCAACUGUGACGCUGACCGCACUGACUGGGCCAAUGACUCGGGCCUGUUGACCCACAAGGAGAACCUGCCCGUCAGAUCCCUGGUUCUGGGCGACGUGCACCGGCCCGGCUCGGAAGGCGCCUACAGGGUAGGACCACUCCGUUGCCAUGGAGACAAAAAUGUCUGGAACGCUGCCUUCUUCGACAAGGAGACAUCGUACCUCCACUUUCCCACCUUCCACGGAGAGCUGAGCGCCGACAUCUCCUUCCUCUUUAAGACCACUUCAUCCUCCGGCGUCUUCCUGGAAAACUUGGGCAUCAAGGACUUCAUCCGGAUCGAACUCAGCUCCUCCACUGAGGUCCUCUUCUCCUUCGACGUGGGUAACGGUCCGCUGGAGGUCGGCGUGAAGGCCGCCUUCCCCCUCGAUGACAACAGGUGGCAUCGCAUCCGAGCCGAGCGCAACGUCAAGGAGGCGACGCUUCGCCUUGACGAGCUCCCCGCUGCCGCUCAGGAGGCUCCUGCUGACGGACACAUUCACCUGCAGCUGAACAGUCAACUAUUCAUAGGGGGCACAGCGUCCAGGCAGAAGGGCUUCCGGGGAUGUAUCCGUGCUCUGCAGCUGAACGGCGUCACCCUGGACCUGGAGCAGAGAGCCAGGAUCACCCCCGGGGUUCAGGCGGGAUGUCCGGGCCACUGCAGCAGCUACGGCUCCCUGUGCCAGAACCAGGGCCGCUGCGUGGAGAGAACCAGCAGCUUCUCCUGCAGCUGUGGCCCGUCGGCCUACACCGGAGCCUUCUGCGACCGAGAGGUCUCAGCCAGCUUCAAGGCGGGCACCUCCAUCAGCUACACGUUCAAGGAGCAGGCGGCGACCGGGCCGAGCAGGAGCAGCGGCGUGCCGUCCUCCAUCUACUCCGACGUGACCCUGAGAGCAGAGAACAUCUCCCUGAGCUUCAGGACCAGCCAGAGUCCGUCGCUGCUGCUCUACGUCAGCUCCUCCCACAGCGAGUACCUGGCUCUGCUGCUCGACAAGCACGAGAAGCUGGAGGUUCGUUACAGACUCGACAGCAGCAGAGACGCAGAAAUCCUGAGGAGCAAAGCGAGGAACCUCGCCAACGGGCAUCUCCACACGGUUACUAUCAGCAGACGGGCAGAUGCUGUUUCUGUGCAGAUUGACCAGGACACCGAAGACGACUUCAACCUGACGUCUGACGUGGAAUUCAACGGCAUCAGGUUGCUGACUCUUGGCAGAGUGCACCACCCCGGGGAGAUGGAUCCGGAGCUGGCUCGGCUCGGCUCGCUGGGUUUCACCGGCUGCCUCUCCGCCGUCCUCUUCAACUCCAUCAGCCCUCUGAAGGCCGCCCUGCUCCACCCGGACACCAGCCCCGUCACGGUCACCGGCCCGCUGGUCCCGUCCAUCUGCGGCUCCACUUCAACAAAUCCCCAUCCAGCAGAAACCACACAUCACCAAUCAGGUCAGUCUGGACCCGUGGAGACAGGUCAGCCGUUAGUCAACGCCAUGAGGACGGACUCAGCUUUAAUUGGAGGUGUGAUAGCGGUGGUGAUCUUUGUCGCGGUGUCUGCGUUAGCCGUAACGGCCAGACUCCUCUACGGGCGGCGGGGGGGGACGUGUCAGAGCCAGGAAAUAAAAACAGUCAAACCUGAAGACAGCCCCGAGCUGCCGUUCAGCAGCCAGACCAGCUCGCACAACAUCCCCAGUGAGAACCAGAGGGAGUAUUUCAUUUAGCUGCGGAGUCGGAGGACGAGGAGACGGACGGAGACGGGGACGCCUCGUCAAGCUUCGGUCCUUUGCACUAAAAAACUGAGCCCGAGACGUGAGGAAGCAAACAGGAGGCGUCUGUGGUUGUAUUUUUGUAAAGACUGUAAAUAGACGCACAAAAAGUCAAAGUGUUGAAUAUCAUGAGUUGAACAAUUGUAAAUAUACAAACGUGUAAAAAUUAUGACUUUAUAUAAAUUUUCUGUGUAACUGAGAUGUUGAAACUGUUAAAUGACGUUGGUGUGAAACAGCUCUGGUGGGUCCGGGAUCUUUUAAAAGCAUUUUCUGACACAGAUAAUGAAUGUUUGAUAUUUUCAGUGUUUGUCAGAUGUUCGGAAGUUGAAGCAGGAUUUAAUUUAUAGUUUAUCAUCUUUAGUUUGUUUUUUUAUUCAUGCUCUUUGCACUUGUUGGAUGAAUUGGGGCAAAAAUCCAAACGUAUCCGUUCACAUUGAACAUUUCUCAUUUUCUCAAAUAUCUUCUCUCACCUUGAAGCCAAACUUAUAUUUCUUUCCCUUUAUAUCUUUUUCCUGGUUUCUCUUUUGGUUGUGAGACAGGUACAAAAAAUUCCAGUCUUGUCAUUCCCAAAAUAAACAUUUAAAAAGAUGGACGACACAUCUCUACUUCCUCUCACUAUCAAGAAAUGAAGUUAAAAUAACCCGGACACAAACGUUGCCAUUGAAUCAUUUAAUGCGACUUUGACUUUUUACUUCUGUCCAUGUCCCAUCCACUAACAUGGCUGAGGCGGGUUUUAUGACCUAUACAGAAGCCAGCCACCAGGGGGCGAUUGAGAUGCUUUAGCUGUCGUCCAUCUUCGUGCUUCCCACCGUCGAGGUUUCUCUUCUUCAUCACAACGAUCUGCAGCGUUCCUGUUGUGUCAAUGAGUUCCAGUUUAAUUUUGUACAGAUAUUUUAGUAACAAACACUUUUCUUUUCAGUGAAAAAAUAAAAUGAUCAAUCUUU